CAGCUCACACAACAUUUCCGAAACUCGUACAGAAUAGAACACAAGCUAUAUACGAGGCAAACGAGAAUAUAGUAAGAAUUUUAUAAACACAAGAGAAACAAAAUUUAAUCUAACAAAAUUAUUGUUUAAACAUUUAAUGUUUGACAUGGAUCAGUUCAAUGUGCCCAAGAAAGUGAAUCGACAUGUCUUUAAAGCCGUCUCCGCAUUGCAGACCUCGCGUUCGGGCUUCGUGUCUGCCGAGCUGAUCAACCAGCACGUUAAGCGCCAAAUGCGCCGGGGCAAGAAUGUGCCCAAUUUGGAUGAGAUCAUACAUCAGUCGCUGGCCAAUCUGACCAAUCUUGGCGUGCUGGCCUGCACUGGCUCCUCGGACUAUGCCAUACGGCAUACCAUCAAGUGUGCCACCGAUGAAUAUUCUCUGCUGCCGAAUCCCAUGUGCCAGGUAGAUACCUCGGCAGCGGCAUCAGCAUCAGCAGCAGCAGCAGCAGCAGCUCCUCGCAAGCGAAUUACAUGCUCCAAUCCAGUGCGGGUGAUUAGCGCCGAUUCAGCGGGUAAGGUUAGGCUGCGCACACGUGUGCCGCGCAUCAGGAAAGGUGCGGUCAAAGCCGUUAAGCGUGCUCCCGUAUCGAAGACAAGGCGAGCACGUGCUCCGUUUUCGCGCCAAAGAAAGAGUGGCCAGCGUCGGCCGUCGAUAAUGUGCAUUGCUUGCCGCUCGGCCGUAAUGGAUUUGGUCAAAAUAUGUCAAAUGAUUAAUCAGUGCAGCAGCAUGGACGCACAUGGAACACAUAUUGUAGCUGAAAACGCAGCUGAAUCCUCUAUACCCAUGGCCAUGGAAAUAGAGCCUAAUGUGGUGCCUCAGGUUUCGCCUAUGUACGCACCAAGCCAUGACAAUUCUCAAGGUAAUCACGCCAAUAAUUCUACUUAAAAUGGUCUGGCUUUAAUUUCAUUUAUAUUAGCUUUUAACAACAAACAAUUGAAAAUAUCCCAAAAAAUGUUGGUAUUCAAAUAAAAUUUACUUACACAGCAAUCCGCCCGA